CUUUAGCGUCUUGUGAUCAGAAAAAGAAAAAUGACUGAAGAAGAAAAGUCUCCCCUCCUUGCAAAUAGCGCUAUAAACACCGACAAUGAAGAUGUGGAAUUGCAUGGCUGUGGAGGAACUCUUUGUUGUAACCCAAAGAGGAAUGUGCAUCGGUAUCCGGUUCUCGUUAUCAUGUGCUUCCUCAGUUUUGGGAGUUACUUCUGCUAUGACAACCCAGCCGCUAUGCAGGACAUAAUGCUGAGGGACCUGUCAAUCUCUACAGAAACAUUCAUGAACUUCUAUGCUUGGUAUUCCUGGCCAAAUGUCAUCCUGUGUUUCUUUGGAGGAUUUCUCAUUGACAGAGUGUUUGGCAUUAGAUGGGGAGCAAUCAUUUUUAGUGCAUUUGUUACAGUUGGACAGGUCCUGUUUGCCCUUGGUGCCUUCAUUAAUAGUAUACCACUAAUGGAUGCUGGAAGAUUUGUAUUUGGAAUUGGCGGGGAAUCUUUGGCAGUUGCUCAAAACACAUAUGCUGUAGCUUGGUUCAAAGAUCGUGAACUUAACAUGGUGUUUGGAUUACAGCUUAGUUUCUCUCGUGUUGGCAGCACAGUGAAUAUGAACAUAAUGCAGCCUGUAUAUAGAUGGGCAGCUACUGCCUUUGGCCAUGGUCAAAGUCAUACAACCCUAGGAAUUGUACUCAUGCUGGCUGUGGGUACCUGUAUUAUAUCACUGAUAUGUGCCCUGAGUCUGGGCUACUUAGACAGAAGAGCUUCCAAGAUACUCAACAGAGAUGCUGGGAAAACAGGUGAAGUUAUAAAGAUAACAGAUGUAAAAGACUUUCCAGCUUCAUUCUGGCUGAUUUGUGUUAUAUGUGUGGCUUACUAUGUAACAGUCUUCCCAUUUAUAGGACUAGGAUUGGUGUUUUUUGAGUCAAAGUUUGGUAUGGAGCCAGGAGCAGCAGGGGCUGUUAAUAGUAUUGUUUACAUUCUGUCUGCAGUAGUAUCACCGAUUUGUGGAUUAUUAGUUGACAAGACGGGUUUAAAUAUUUUCUGGGUUAUUGUUGGCGUGGUGACAACUGCAGGGUGCCACGCUUGUAUGGCUUUUACAUUCAUCAAUCCAUAUGUGCCUAUGGUAACAAUGGGAGUGGCCUACUCUAUAUUAGCAAGUGCACUGUGGCCAAUGGUGGCUUUCAUAGUACCUGAACACCAACUUGGUACUGCAUAUGGAAUAAUGCAGGCUAUACAGAACUUAGGUUUAGCUGUCAUCGCAAUCGUGGCUGGAGAUAUAGUUGAUGCCAAGGGAUACCUUUUGCUGGAGGUCUUCUUCAUGGCUUGGCUAUUUGUGGCCUUAAUCGCAAGUGUGGUGCUAUAUAUACUUGAUCAAACGCAGGGGGUUAAACUUAACAGAUCUUAA